AUGUUAGCUGCAUGCAAUCUAAGAGCCUCUAUCUCAGGGUCUCUUGAAGAGAUAGAGGGUGCUCUUCGUAUGUAUUUGUCUGGGGCCCUCUCUAUUCAGCAGUUAUUGCGGUGUAUGUACACCUCAGCACCAGGAAGAAAAACAUUUAUAGAGCGAUCUACUGCAUCAGAAGACACAAAGCAUGCAGCAUCAACAGCAGCAGCAGCAGCAGCAACAACAACAAAGCAUCUUCCUUCUCAGCUCUCUGCGUUUGCUGCGCUGCUGCACAAAGCUCUAGGGGCCCCAGCUGAGGGGGGCCCCGGGGGCCCCCUAGAGGGGGGGCCCCCUAUACAGCAGCACCCUGAAGAAGUUGUCUAUGCUGGCAUCUGCGGUGUAGAGUUCUGGCUGCAGCACGUGCAGCUGCUGCUGAGCAGCGAUGCUGCUGCAGCAGCAGCAGCCGCAUCAACCGUUGCUCCAGCAGCAGCAGCAGCAACAGCAUCAGAUUCAGCAGAAGAAGGACCUAGAGAUAUUGCUGUUGCAUGCAGAGAGAUGGAGCGGCUUGUGACUCCUGUUGCUGCUGCUGCAGCAGACUCAAAGAUAGGGCGGUCGCUGCUGUGUCGCUUAACUUGGCUGUGGCGCUGCUCUCCUAGGCAGCACGAGCAGCAGCAGCAGCAGCAGCAGCAGCAGCAGCAGCAGCAGCAGCAGACGCCGUUUGGUGUCCCCUGUCUCUUCUCAGAGUUGUUAAACAGUGCGGGUCAGGCGUUGCCAGCUCAGGGCGCUGUCUCUUCUUCUUUGCUGCAUUUUGAAGAAGAAGGGGGACGCGUAAUUAUUAUUGAUGUAAAUAGUAUAGCAGAGACUCUUCUUGAUGCUGUUGUUUGCUGCUGCGACACAUUCUCUAAGAACGCCACUGCUGCAGCAGCUGCUGCUGCAGACGCCGCUGCAGCACAGCAGCAGCAACAGCAACAGCAGCAACAGCCGCAGCAACAGCAGCAAUCGCAGUCGCAGCAGCAGCAACAGCAGCAGAUGCAGCCGCAGAUGCCCCGGAGAGGCGGCAAGGGGAGCCAAAAGAAGUGGAAGAGACAGCUGCAGCAACUUCAGCAGCAGCAGCAGCAACAGCAGCAGCAGCAGCAGCAACAACAACGACAAUCAUCGUCUUUAGUGCUGGAGCCCAGCGACAGCUCCGACGAAGAGAGCGACGCGGGGCAGCAGUCCAGCAGCAGCAACAGCAGCAGCAGCAGCAGCAGCGAGAGCGACAGCAGCUGCAAGAGCUGCAGCAGCGCGAACGACAGCGGCAGCGGCAGCAGGCCUCAGAAACGAAAGAGGGGGGCAACUAAGACAGCAGCAGCAUCAACAGCAGCAGGAGCAGCAGCAGCAGGAGCAGCAGGAUUGGUGCAGCAGCAGCUGGAUGAGCUAGCUGAGACGGAGCUCUCAGCAGCAAGUGCUGCAGCUCUUGAAGCUGCUGUGCAUGCAGCAGGGGCUCUCGCUGAAGUUGCUGGCCCUGGCGGCGUCUUACCUUCUCUUCCUCUCUUUAUGAAGCUGCUGCAAACCCUCGUUCACACCUGCGAGUUGCUGGAGUUGCUGCUGCAUGCACAAACGCAUGCAACUUUGGGGCUUUUAAAUGUGCAGCUGCAGGCAUUCGUUGAUGCACUCGUUCUAGGCAUACUCGCAACGGGCCUCUCUUGGGGCCCAGGGAAGGGGGCCCCUGGUUUUGCAUGCAGCGUUAUCUCAGACCCUCCUUCUUUAAUUGCUGCGCUGCGGCUGCUCACCGUCUCCAUCAGUGUCUGCGUGCCUCCUGCAGCAACGCUGCGUGCUGCAUCUUCGUUGCUGCAGCGUUUAGAAGUAUUAUGUUCUAGCGACAGCAGCAAGGGCCCCUGGGGCCCCCCAGUGCCUGGGCUUUGGGGCUUUGAACAGCUGCUGAGCGACGGUGCAUGCGGAGGCCCCCCGCUGCUGCAGCAGCCUGCUGCUGCUGCUGCAUCGGGAGCAGCAGCACAAGGGGCCCUCAGAGAAGCCCUCGGAAACCUCAGCGUUGCCAUUCGUAACGCUGCAUGCACGCGGAGUGCAGCAGGAGCAGCAGCAGCUGGAGAGGCAGCAAUAGAAGGGGGAGACGAGACAGCUCUGCGUUUCCUUCUGCAUCCAGAGCAGCUGUCUAUACACCGCAACACCCGCACAGGCAGCAGCAAGCCUGCUGCUGCUGUCUACUCUGCAUGCAGCACAACCACUCUUCGUCUUGCUGCAGCAGCGCAGCGAAACUCGGAAGAAGGCCUCAAUGCAGCAGCAGCAGCAGCAACAGCAACAGCAUGCAAAGAACCUCAUCAGAAGCAAACAACAACAGCAGGAGCAGCAGCACUUGAUGCUGCUUCUGCUGUUGAUCUCGCAGCAGUUAACUCUCUUCAAUACCCACAGAAGCUGCAAGCAGCCAAUGGACGCGGGCCUGCUGCUGCUGCUGCUGCUGCUGAAGCUGCUGCGGCAUAUACAGGAAUUGCAGCGGCGCCUGUGGGGUCUCCUGCAUCAUGUGAGAGAGACAAAAGAGACAGCAGAGACAGCAGAGACGGCAGAGACAGCAAGAAGAGACAAAUUGAAAAGGGAUGCUCCCUUGAGGUAGAUUCUGCUACAGCCAGCCGCGCUGCAGCGCAUGCAUUUUUAUCUGCUGUUGGGGCUGACGUGGGGCUGCAUGCAGCGAGACAAGCAACAGGAAGAGGCAACAACGAGCAUGCAGAAGCAGCAAGACAGCAAACACCCUCGGCCUUCUCCAGGAUGCCGGGGGCUCUACACCCUGCGCCCGCUGCUGCUGCAGCAACUGCUGCAGCAGAAACUGCAGCAGCAACCACUGCAGCAGCAGCAACUGCACCCAGUGAUAUGCACGAGCAACGGGCGAGGGAAAAGCAGGGACACAGAGAAGAAAUUGCAGCUUCAACAACAGGCGCUGCAGCACUGCCAGCAGCAGCAGCAACAGCAGCUGCAGCAGCAGCAGCAGGAGCAGCAGCAGCAACAGGGGACGCAGAAGGCGACGGGAGGUCAGAUGAUGAGGUUGUAAUCCUUGAGGAGGCAGCCUCUCAUCCUGUGUCUCUAACGAACAAGAAGACAGCAGCCGCAGCAGCAGCAGCUGCUGCUGCUGCUGCUGCGGCUGCUGUUGCUGCAGCUCAGGCGGCUGUAGAGGAAUCAGCAGGUGCAGCAGCUGCUGCUAGGCUCCCGCUGCCGCUGCAGCAACCCCACCGCCCUCAGCAGGGGGUGUCCUGGGGUCAGCAGCAACAGCAGCAGUAUCAGCAGCAGCAGCAGCAGCAGCAGCAGCAGCAGCAGCAGCAGCUCUUAGGCAAGGAAGUCUCAUCAGAAGCCCGUGCCAGAGCGCGCAUCCAUGAGUUGCUGCAGUCGGACUCAGAACUGUCGGACUAA